AUGAUUUGUUUUUUGUGUCCCAUGAAUUAUGUCAUCAUCCAGCUGUCAAACUGUCAAGGUUUAUUAACCUCCAUUUGUUUUGUAGAAAUAAUGUCUUUUUAGAUUUUUUGCAACGGUAUGUCAUUAAUAGCCUUCUUUAUAUCCAGAACACGUCCAAAAAGUUCAUACACACUAUGGACAACUGUGGCGUGUCGCCUCAGUUCAACAGAACCACCUUCAGGUGGUCCAACAUUAAAAGAUGAAAACCCACAACAUGAAGAUAAAAGAAGUACUCAGGGUAACUACGAGGAAGACAUUCGGAACAAAAUUCUGUCCGCCUCAUUGCCGUAUGUCCCCCAGCUGGGUUGGUCAAAAGAUGCCAUCACCAAAGGCGCCGAAGACGUUGGUUACCCGGGGGUAGUACAUGGCAUGUUCUCCAGGGGAGGAGGAGACCUGGUACACUAUUUUCAAACUAGUUCGAAUAGUCAACUGGUCGAGAUACUUAAAGAACUACAAAAUAAACACAAAGAUAACCCGCUUCCGCCUGGAGAUUUUGCAGAAAAGGCCAUUCAAGCUCGGUUGAAGAUGAUGAUACCUUAUAUAGGAAAAUGGCCACAGGCUAUAGCGAUUAUGUCUCUACCUCCAAACGUUCCCAAUGCUCUCGCAACCCUGUUGACUAUGGUAGAUGAUAUAUGUUACUAUGCAGGGGAUAGAUCUGUAGAUUUUAAUUGGUACCUGAGAAGGAUAGGAAUAGCAGGAGUGUAUAAGGCAUCAGAAUUAUACAUGAUUCAGGAUAAAUCUAACGAAUUCAAAGACACUCGGAAUUUCCUGAAUAGAAGAUUGGUAGAAGCUGUACAAUUACAUGAUAUCAUAAGUAAAUCGGAAGGUACAAGUCAGGCGGCUAAAGACACCAUACAGUCAGUAUUUAUCACAGCACGAAAUAUAGUAGGCUUGAACUGGAAUAGAUAGUAUUACUAGUGAAAUUUCAAUACUUUGUAAAUAUUACCCAAAACAUUGAAAAUAAAACAAGGCUUGUUUAACAUUAUCGUAUUUUAUUU